CGACUCUUCCUCUUGUUUUUCAACACAACAACCAUUAAAGGGUCCCCAAAUCAUAAGAUGCCACAUUGGAGUUGUUAAGCACGUACCUACUACCAACACUUUUUUAUUUUGCCUAAUUGCAUAGGAAGUCGUGGACUCUUUUUAUAAAUACAAACAACUUAGCCCUAUUUACAGACAUUACUACUUUAUUCUCUGCAUUCAAGAGCUGCCAUGGCUGGAAUUCUUCCUACCUUGGCUUCCCAAUUGAUUGUUUUCUUUCUUGUCUCUUCCUUCUGCAUAAUCUUAGUCUCUGGAGAAGAAGAAGAAGAGCAUGGCUUUGGAAGAGCUCUAGACAGAAAACUACUCGGGCUCAAGAAAGAAAAGCUUAGCCACUUCCGCUUCUAUUUCCAUGACAUCGUUGGUGGUCAAAAUCCCACUGCCGUCCAAGUUGUGCCAGCUCCCUCCAAUGCAUCGGCAACAUUUUUUGGUCUUGUAAGAAUGUUCGAUAACCCAUUAACCUUGGGGCCAAAGUUAAGCUCAAAAACUGUAGGAAAGGCACAAGGAUUCUAUGCUUCUGCAGCACAAGAAGAGAUUGCUUUCUUGAUGGUUAUGAACUUUGCAUUCACUGAAGGAAAAUAUAAUGGCAGCACACUUUCCAUACUUGGGAGGAACAACGGCGGCAGCAGCAGGGUAAGGGAGAUGCCAGUGAUCGGAGGCAGCAGGCUGUUUAGGUUUGCUAGGGGUUAUGCUCAGGCCACCACUCAUUCCCUUGAACCCAAGACCGGUGAUGCCACCAUUGAGUACAAUGUUUAUGUGUUCCAUUAUUGAUGUUCUCGACAUAUUUGUUUUGUUUUGUUCUGCAAUUAUUCUAUCUUUUGAUGUCACAGCUUUCGAUAAUGUCAGCCACUUAAUCCAAGUGGGGUUGGUUUUGGGGUGUAUUGAAUCGCUUAAAAUAAUUAGACGUGCACAGUACCAUACUUUACUUUCA